AUGAGACGGGCUCCGUUGUGUAAUGUAGCUCCGAACCUUUGGAACAAGCUGUGGAGUUCAAAAAUUCUGGAGCGUCACAAAGUCCUUUGGUGGAGUAUCCUCUCGAAUGCGCUACCUGUUAGGGCUAUCCUUUCUAAGAGAAUGGUUAUUGAUGAAACCUCCUGCCCCUUUUGUGGUAAUAGUGAUGAAACUAUGGAGCAUUUAUUUCUCUAUUGCGAUCUGGCGUCUCACCUUUGGAGAUCUUCCCCUUGGGGAGUGAUGCCUGUUGUGGAAUCUGGGGUACGUAUGUGGGACUGGGUUAGUUUUCUUUGGAACCUUAGGACCAGAGGAGUGGAUACAGAUGGUUUAUUCCUUUAUGCUUCUAUCGUGGUGGACACGAUUUGGAGGGCUCGAAACGACAAGGUUCAUAAUAACAAUAUGGGUAGCUUGAAACAUUAUAUUGAUUCUAUAAAUUAUUGUUAUGCUGAUUAUGGAUCCAGUUUACUCAAGUCUCGACAGGUUGCUGAUACUCUGAAUUGGUCCCCCCCGCCUGAGGAUUGGGUCAAGAUCAACUGCGAUGUCAAAGUCGGGGUGGAAUCCAUGUGUGUGGUGGCAAUUGCCAGAGAUCAUACGGAAUCGAUUUUGUGGGUGGUGACUAACAAGCUCCCUUCACUGACUCUCUUAUCGGGGAAGCGGCGGCUUGUAUAUUAG